AUGACACCUGAAGAAAUCGCUUUUGAAGAGGCUGCCAAAGCUUCUAUCACUUUGGAUCAACGACUAAACCUGGGUACUUUUAUUCUUGCAGCUGCCACUGAUACUCUAUUAUGCGGAGUGAUGAUCAUUCAAUCCAUUGAAUAUUGGACUUACUCGCAGGAUGAUAGGAAAUUCAACAAAGCGAGUGUGCUCAUCACGACCACGUCAAGUUUGGGCGCCACGAUCUUCAUCAUUGUUCUGAUGUUCAAAUUGUUCGUAUAUAAUUUCGGUCAAUAUACCCCCUUUGCUGCUAUCCCAGACUUGACAUAUAUGUGUAUAUUCGAUAUCAUACCUUCGACUGCUACUCAGUUAUUCUUCACUUAUCGUGCAUACAAAUUGACUGGAAGAUCCAAGAUUUUAGCUUUAGUCAUUAUCGGUAUGAUUCUCGUAUCUGUGGCGGGUGCGAUCGGAUUCCCAAUUACUCAAGAAAUGUAUCAUCGAAACAAAUCUGAUGCUGUUUUACAAUCGAAAAUUGCUUUAACAUACUGUUGGCUUAGUGGUGCAUUGGGUGCAGACGUCUUAAUUACCAUCUCAAUCAUGUGGGGUCUAUGGAGAUCGAAGACUGGUUGGAAAGAAACUGAUAAGACUGUAAAGAGGCUUAUAAGAGUUAUGGUUGAAACUCAACUUCCUCCGACUAUUUUAUUGAUAGUUUUCUUCGUCUUCGUCUUCGGUUUCCCUGAUUUUUACCUCGAUAUAUAUCCUCUAUGGGUACAAUCGAAAUUCUACACCUGUGGACUUUUAGCUUCGUUGAAUAGUAGAUAUUCAUUGAGAAGAGCAAUCGCCAAUGGUUCUUCUUCAGGAAGGAUCCAAUCGAAACCACCUGUCGUACAUGUUUUGACAGAAACUUAUGUUCAGAGCGAUGGACAACAUGGAACAUCCACCAAGAAUCAACCCAAACCACGUUACUUGAACGAGAACGAUCAUUUCUCGCCUCGUCGACAACCUGCUAAAGACCCUUUGGAACUCGAUGACGACUCGAUCGAAUUGGACGUUAUACCUACUUUGGAUGAUCAUGCAGAGCAACUCCAACAAGGUACCGCCGAUCUCGAAUUUGAAAGAGACAGGGAUUCUAGUCAUAAGAUGGAUUAUAUGGAUAAUUCAAGUAGAACGGGAUUAACUGAUAGAAGGAAAUAA